AUGAUAAGUCGAUUGUUUGUUAGUGUUCUUACGUGCCUUUGUUGCAUUGUGCGAGCGCCACGACGCUACUUUUUGACCAUGCAUCGUGUUUUGACGAGAAUUGUCAGCCGGUUUUGGCUGAGCGAGUCGGUCAUGAGCACCGAUACACAACUGCAUGUACAAGGUCGACGAAGGAUGGUGGUUGGUCUGGGUAACCCUGGCAUGGAAGGAACACGGCAUAGUGUGGGGAUGGCAGUGGUUGGUGCCCUGGCAACUCAUCUGGGCCUGGCCGAGCGUUGGCGCAGCGACAGGCAGCUGUGCGGCGAGGUGGUCGUGGCGGACGCACGACGCUUGGUGCUUCUACGCCCCCGAUUGCUGAUGAAUGUCAACGGCGUGGCGGUGGCCAAAGCAGCACGCAAGUAUGGCGUGCAGCCUGAGGAUAUCCUGUUGGUCCACGAUGAGAUGGACAAGCCUCUUGGAAAGGUUGGCAUCAAACAUGGAGGAAGCGCCAGAGGCCACAAUGGUGUCCGGUCCUGCAUGGACUGCCUUCGAACUGACGUGAUGCCCAGGUUGCGGGUGGGCAUCGGGCGUCCAGCGGGUGAGGCUUCGGUGGAGCGUCACGUCCUGGGCCGCUUCCGUGCCGAGGAGCGUAAAGUUCUGGACUCUGUUCUGGUUCAGUGUGUCGACAUUCUGAUGUCUCAGCUAGCAGAGUGGCAAGAAAAUGGACGGUCCUCAUCCUCCUCAACAGCAUGA